CAACUGUUCAAUUUGACAUUUCGCAUUAAUAAUUUGUUGUUGUCUCGUAAAAAAAGAAAAACAUUGUGUUUUGGAGCCGACUUCUUGUAAUAAAUAAAAAAUAAAGCAUUAUUUGUGGCUGGGAAGAAAAUGCACACAGAUUUAUCACCACAUUUGCAUACUCCUCAUUGCAAUCAAUUAAUAGAUGAUUUAAAAAAGUGUCACGAAGAGAAUAAAUUUGCCAAAUUUAUAGGAAUCUGUAAUUCAUUCGAUUCGGCGGUGGUCAAGUGUCUGAAACAAGAACGUAUUGCCCGAUCUGCUGCCAAUAGAGCGAAGGCCCGUGAAAGACAAGCUGAAUUGAAGAGUCGUUUAAAUCAAAAUCAAUAAACAGCAACAAAAUGCACACUGAUCCUUUAGCUGAAUUCUAUUUCCAACCGGAACCCCACAACAUUUGCGGCCAAGAUGUUAAACCUAUAACCGAUGAAUUCAUAGAAAAUUUUCCUUCUGUUGUUGAUCGUUUCUUUACACGUUACUAUUACAUUAAGAAAGGUGCCGAUCAGGCCCCCUACAAAGUUUUAUUCCACUCCAAUCGCAUUUGUUUAAUAUGCCUGGCACCCGAACAUCCCGCCCUUCAAAGCGGUAUUGCCAGCAUUAACUUCGAUAUUGGACAAAUGGAUCGUAGUAAAAAUACCGUUAAGGGUAAGGGUAAAAAGGGUGGUAUGAUUUUGCAAGCAGAUUCCACACUCGCUCUAUUAGCCUCCAAAACUGGUGAGGUAUAUAAAGUUCCCAGUUGUGUGCGUAGUAAAUUGGUUGAGGUAAAUACUGAAAUUUCGGAACAUCCAGAAUUAUUGGCGAGCUUACCCGAAGGAGAAGGUUAUUUUGCUAUUGUCUUACCCAAACCAGAACAUUGUGAAGAAAUCAAAGCCAGUCUAAUGACCCAAGAACAAUAUGAUGAAUAUCAGGAGACAUUGAGACAAGAAAAAAAGGAAGAGGAAUGACAAUUGUAACUACAUGCAUGUGUAUUUGUUUUAGCUAUGACUGUAUUAAAAUUAAUACAUUUACUACCUAUGUUCUUAAAAUAGUUUUGUUAAGAUUGUAAUAAAUAUAAAUUUCAGUGAUUUUUAUAAAAAAAA